CUUCUCUUCCCCCAAAUAUUUUUGAGAGAGAGAGAGAGAGAGAGAGAGAGAGAGAUGGCGCAGGCGGCUAUGGCGAAGGGAGUGGCGGUGAACCCUGCGCUGUUGUCGUAUGGUUCUGGCGGAUCUCGUAAGCCGUCGCCCGUUCCUUCUUCUCUCCGUGUCGGAAUGAUAGCCAAGCACGGACAUUUAGGUAGCUUGAAGGCGGGGCAUAGCCGGAGUAAAUGGAAUCAACUUCGAGUUUCGGCCUCUGUCGCGGUGGCAGCUGAGAAACCGUCAGCGGCGUCGGAGAUCGUGCUUCAGCCGAUUAAGGAGAUCUCCGGAACGGUUAAACUCCCCGGAUCGAAGUCCUUGUCGAAUCGGAUUCUCCUUCUUGCGGCCCUCUCCGAGGGAACCACUGUGGUGGACAACUUGCUGAACAGUGAUGACGUUCGUUAUAUGCUUGCUGCUCUUAAAACCCUUGGCCUCUCUGUGGAGGAUGAUGCUGAAACUAAGAGAUCAAUUGUUAUCGGGUGCGCCGGGCAUUUCCCGGCGGGUAAAGCUUCCAGCGAUGAAGUUAAACUUUUUUUAGGGAAUGCUGGCACUGCAAUGCGGCCACUGACAGCAGCUGUUACUGCUGCUGGUGGAAAUGCAAGUUAUGUUCUUGACGGGGUUCCUAGAAUGAGGGAAAGACCCAUAGGGGACUUAGUUGAUGGAUUGAAGCAGCUUGGUGCAGAUGUUGAUUGUUUCUUGGGCACCAAUUGUCCUCCUGUUCGUGUGAACGCAAAGGGAGGUCUUCCGGGAGGCAAGGUGAAACUCUCUGGAUCAAUUAGCAGCCAGUACUUGUCCGCUUUGCUCAUGGCAGCUCCCUUAGCUCAAGGAGAUGUCGAGAUUGAGAUCAUUGAUAAGCUCAUUUCGAUUCCAUAUGUUGAAAUGACUUUAAAAUUGAUGGAACGCUUUGGAGUGAAGGUGGAGCAUUCUGACAACUGGGAGAGAUUCUUCAUCAAGGGUGCUCAGAAGUACAAGUCUCCUGGAAAUGCAUAUGUCGAAGGUGAUGCAUCGAGUGCUAGUUAUUUCUUAGCAGGUGCUGCAGUCACUGGUGGUACUGUCACCGUAGAAGGUUGCGGAACUACCAGUCUCCAGGGCGAUGUUAAAUUUGCCGAAGUUCUUGAGAAAAUGGGAGCAAAGGUUUCGUGGACGGAGAAUACUGUAACUGUUACUGGUCCGCCACGGGAUCCUUCUAAGAAGCAUUUGCGUGGUAUCGAUGUCAACAUGAACAAGAUGCCUGAUGUAGCCAUGACCCUUGCCGUCGUUGCACUGUUUGCUGAUGGUCCUACAGCCAUAAGAGAUGUGGCUUCAUGGAGGGUAAAGGAGACCGAAAGGAUGAUAGCCAUUUGCACAGAACUUCGAAAGCUGGGAGCAACAGUGGAAGAAGGCCCUGAUUAUUGCAUCAUUACUCCCCCGGAAAAGUUGAACGUAACUGCAAUUGAUACAUAUGAUGAUCACAGGAUGGCGAUGGCAUUCUCCAUAGCAGCCUGCAGCGAUGUUCCUGUAACUAUCAAUGACCCAGGUUGCACGCGAAAGACCUUCCCUGACUAUUUCGAUGUCUUGCAAAGGUUUUCGAAGAACUGACUGGAGCCUCCUGGACAGAGAGGCAAGCGGUGGAUUUAUGAUCUCCGUCGAUGAGCAAUUGCUUAUUUCCAUUCUGCUAGAGAAUCCUUAACAAGGCUACCAAUGGCCUUAUAUAUUUUGUAGAGAAAUGUAUUUGUAUUUUAUGCCAUCAUGACCUGAGGUGUUGCUUCAACAAUAAUUGACAGAUGAUGAUGCCUUUUAUGAAGAAUGAGUAGCAUUUCUAUGA